AUGUUUUCAGCUCAAAAGCAAGCUCAAAUCUCUGGCUAAAUUAGUUAGCCAUUGUCAUCUAGAGAGACUUAAACUGAGCAAAGUAAUAAUAUUUAUAUUUAUCAAUAUAUAGACACUUCAAGGUUCAACUCCCUCAAUAAGACUCCUUCUAAGAUAUCUAGAAUAGAGCGAAUUCCACCUAAAUCUACAAAUACAAAAGAAAGAAUUAAUCAUUAAGCAAACUUCUCGACAGGUGAAAAAGCGAAAAAUUUGAAGUCUAGGAUCACAAACACAAGCAAAAUUUCAAAGUUCACAGAUAUACAAAAGAAUUUGAAUCAAAGCAGCUUUAACAAUACUCAAUCUUUUAAUAGCACUCAAAAUUUCAAUAGUAACCCGCAUUCUUCUGUUCAUUAAGUUUACUUGAAAAUCGUUUAAGACAGAAAAGUUAGAAACACAGCUAACGAUCACUCUAGACCACGCUCAAAGAGUAACACCAAGAAAUUAUCGUCUUAAGGAUCUAGAAUAAGCUUUAUGAAGAGGCAUGAUGAAAGAUAAGGAGGAAGCUACUAGUUUGAGAAUUCUUACUAUAAUCAGUCAAGCAAGGAGCCACUUAGAAACCUAAGCAAGCAAGGCCGAAUCAAUUAGCAUACUCAUAAAAAGGUUGAUGAAUUUUGGAAUGGCAAGGAUAGAUCCUUAAGCAAGGAGAAAAAUAAGUGGUUUUAAAUGGAUUAUUAUCAAUAGAAAAUGUGCUUUACUUCAAAUAAUACUAGAUAAAACAGUGCUUCUAAACAAUAUGACAUUUAAGGCGAGGACUGCAUGACAGGAAAUGAGGUGGGUUCAGACCGCAACAUUAAGAACCUUGGAAUAGACAAAUUUUCAAGAAAGCAGAAGCUGAAUGAAAUAUAUUUUGAAUCCAGACUUAAGAAUGUAUUCAAUCAGAGCAGGAAUGAGCAAGAACUGAGUGAAAGCACUCUGAUUGUGUCCAGGAAAAAGACAGAACAUGAAUUGACUAUGAAUAAAAUCAUGAAUUAAAGUGUGAGCAUGACUUAAUUGCUCACUGGGGACAAGUAUAAAGCUGCUGAGGGCUAAGCUCUAAGCUAAUCAUCUAUGCUACAAAGUUAUAAAAGCAUAGGAUAGUAAUCUGACUAAGUAAGAAAGAUAUCGGCUAAUAAACUAGCUUAGAAAAGGAUUAAAGAUAUGCAGGGCAAUGGUGCUCUAUUGUUAUGA